AUGCUUCGAUUGGUGGCAUUCAUUUUUGCGAUCAUGUCAACAUCAAAGGCUCUGGUCUGUUAUGAGAACGACGACGACGGUAAUGUCAAAGAAGUUUCCAAUGACGAAUGGACCUAUUGUGCACUCAUUCCGGAAACAGAUCGAGCUCAAGGGAGGGUGUUCGGCAUCGGACAGGACGUGGAAAGCCUAAGCGGCUACGAUAGCACCUUCAACCAAUCUGACGCUCUUUACAAAGUGCUCUCAGUCUGCAUAUACGAGAAAUACGACUUGGCCAAACUGUCGCCACGUUUUGCACGACCGGAAUUCCUAUUCCGCUGUGUCUGCAAUUACGAUCGAUGCAAUUCACACAACACUUUCCAAGGCUAUCUGUACGGUGUUCGUCAGGAUAACCAGUGA